GCAGUGGGCACCCAGAAGGCAGAGGGGGCUGCACCAGGCGCCAUCCCUGGGGUGGUGGUGAGGCUGGGGAAGGCCCGACGGCCUGUGGGGUGACGAUGGACAAGUUCCGGAUGAUCUUCCAGUUCCUGCAGUCCAACCAGGAGUCCUUCAUGAACGGCAUCUGCGGCAUCAUGGCUCUGGCCAGCGCCCAGAUGUACUCGGCCUUUGACUUCAACUGCCCCUGCCUGCCAGGCUACAACGCAGCCUACAGCGCCGGCAUCUUGCUGGCCCCCCCGCUGGUGCUCUUCCUGCUCGGCCUGGUCCUGAAUAACAACGUGUCCAUGCUGGCCGAGGAGUGGAAGCGGCCGCCGGGCCGCCGGGCCAAGGACCCCUCGGUGCUGCGCUACAUGUUCUGCUCCAUGGCCCAGCGUGCCCUCAUCGCGCCCGUAGUCUGGGUGGCUGUCACACUGCUUGACGGCAAGUGCUUCCUCUGCGCCUUCUGCACUGCUGUGCCUGUGACCGUGCUGGGCAACGGUAGCCUGGCACCCGGCCUACCUGCGCCCGAGCUUGCCCGCCUGCUGGCCCGGGUGCCCUGCCCCGAGAUCUACGACGGGGACUGGCUGCUGGCCCGAGAGGUGGCCGUGCGCUACCUGCGCUGCAUCUCCCAGGCUCUGGGCUGGUCCUUUGUGCUGCUGACCACACUGCUGGCCUUCGUGGUGCGCUCCGUGCGGCCCUGCUUCACACAGGCCGCCUUCCUCAAAAGCAAGUACUGGUCCCACUACAUCGACAUCGAACGCAAGCUCUUCGAUGAGACAUGCACAGAGCACGCCAAAGCCUUCGCCAAGGUCUGCAUCCAGCAGUUCUUCGAGGCCAUGAACCAUGACCUGGAGCUGGGUCAUGCCCAUGGGGCGCUGGCCACCACCUCCCCAGAUGCCUCCAAUAGAGCCGAGGAGGAGAGGGAGAAACUGCGUGGUAUCACUGACCAAGGUGCCAUGAACAAGCUGCUCACAAGCUGGCACCAGUGCAAGCCACCCCUGCGUCUGGGACAGAAAGAGCCGCUGGUGGGCAAUGGCUGGGCUGGGAGCGGGCCCCGGCCUCCACGCAGGGAGGUGGUCACCUACUUCAGCAAGGUCUGAGCCCUGGACAGGAAAAGAGGCCGGAGUAGGGUCCCCAGCUCAGAUCCCCACACCUGGGCAUCUACCUGGGACACCUGCCAUCAGCCAUCAGGAAGACCCACCUGCCCUGCAAUUUAUCUGCCCUUCUGAGGCAGAGAACUUGGAGCUGCAAAGGGACCUCACUUCUCCUUCCCUGACCCUAGAUAACCCUGGGACCAUGAGCAGUAUUAGUCAGAGAUGUUCAGCACUGGCUUGGGAAAUACAAGCUUGCAUCUGCCCACACAUCCCAGGCUAUUUCAUUCUUGGCACGCUCUCUUCUUGGCUUCUCAGACAUCAUAGCCUCAGUAGCCACAAUUGGGGGGAAAAUGUCAUUAACAUGAGAAAGAGAAAAAGAGUAUCACUUUGGCACAUGCAAU